AUGCUCCGGCCUCGAUUGCUUUGGCCUGUCACCGCGGCGUCCCUGCUCACCCCUCCCGGCCGCACCCCGCCGUCCCUGCCCCGCUGUCCCGGCUGCGAGCCCUGCUGUCCCGGUGUGCCGUUGUCCCGCUGUCCCCUUGUCCCCCUGUCCCGGUGCCGCCCCUCCGCCGCUCCCAGCUGUGCGCUGGAUCCUUCCCCUCUCUCUCGGCAGCCGAGCGCGUUCCCCUGUCAGGCAGGCCGGCAGGCCAGGCCGAGGCGCGCCGAGCGCAUCGCUCGUGGCGGAGGAGGCGCGAUGGCUCCGCAGCGGAGGGCGCUGCCCCGCGGCCCCGACAGCUCCGGGCCGGGACCGGGACCGGGCCGCGGGAGCCGCCGGCACAGCAGCGCCAAGAAGGGCAGAUCCCAGCAGGAUCCCCGGGCAAGGUGGCUGAAGGCAGCCAUCCUCCUCCUCUUCCUCUGCGCCGCGGCCGGCGGCGGCCUCGUGGUCUGGAGCCGCGUCCGCACCCAGGAUGGGAUCCCCGAGGGUGGAAUCCCCGCAGACGGGGUCACCGAGGUGCUGGCCCAUCGCAGUGACACCCUGCAGGACAAGUUCGUGGAGGUGCCCUGCUCCGAGGACUACGAGAGCCACCGGCGCUUUGCAGGUUGCACUCCUAGGAAGUGUGGAAGAGGGGUGACAGAUGCUGUCAUCACAAGGGAAGAAGCUGAAAGAAUUCGUAGAAUAGCAGAGAGGGGACUGUCCUUGGGAGGAUCUGAUGGAGGGGCAUCAAUUCUGGACUUGCACUCUGGAGCUCUUUCCCUGGGGAAGCAUUUUGUUAAUCUGUACAGGUACUUUGGGGACAAAAUUCAAGACAUCUUCACAGAAGAGGAUUUUGCCUUAUACAGGGAUGUGAGGCAGAGGAUUCAGCAGAGGAUUGCUCAGGUGUUUGGGAUCAGCUCUUCUGCCUUGUACCUGACCAAGCCGACCUUCUUCUCCAGGAUGAACAGCACAGGGGCCAAGACAACACAUGAUGAGUACUGGCACCCGCACGUGGACAAGGUGACUUAUGGCUCUUUUGACUACACUUCUCUGCUCUAUCUCUCUGACUACUCCAAAGACUUCGGGGGUGGACGUUUCGUGUUCAUGGAUGCAGAUUCCAACAAGACAGUGGAGCCCCGAGCAGACAGAGGAGUUGCUUCACAGAAUUCACAGAAUUCACAGAAUCACUGGGCUGGAAGAGACCUUCAGGAUCAUCGAGUCCAACCCAGCCCCAACACCUCAGCUAAACCCUGGCACCUUGUACAGCUACCCAGCUGAUGCAUAUGGGAGCAGAUUGAUACCAUAUAUAUGAAGACAUAUUUAUUAAAGAAAAAACUUAAAAGACAUUCAGUAUAGCAAAAAAAAAAUUCUAUUUAACUGGCUUAACACACUGAACCUUGUCUAGCUGUGAAUUACUACUACUUCUAGUCAGAGAUCAAACAAAACAGCUUGAAAAUCACUUUAAGGCAAAGCUUUGGGUGAGCAGGUGAGGGACCAAUAAUAAUAAUGUACUUUAAUGAAGUUGAAAUAUGGUUUAAAAGGGGAAAAAAGUCGUGACACAGGGGAUUUGUAUGGAAUCCUUGAGGGCAGCACUGUUCAUUGCAGCACUGGUGGGACUGGAGGACGUUGCCUUCAUUUAGUUUUUCAUCCAGAAAAGCAGGACAGUGAGGUGGGAAUGAGCUGUGCCCACAAAUGGAUCUGUUCUCUCCAUGUCUGGCUUCACCCAUUAUUGAGCUGCAGGCACAGAAGGGAUAAAUUGCUGUGAAAGACUCUGAAUGCACUCUGAGGAUUAGAUGUGAGCUGCAGCUGAACAUGAAAGGGACUCAGGGGUUAGUGGGGAAACCCAGCCCCAUAAAGCCAGUCCAGGUUUGUCCAGAUCCCCCCUGGGUGCUGCUCAGGAGGAUGCAAACAAAGGAAAUUCUGGAUCUUUGGUGUCCUUUUAGAAGAGAAACCCAGUGAUGUGCCUGGUGCCCAUUUGAGCUGAGGAGGUGGGGUAAGGGUUAGAAUGGCUCAUGUUGUUGUUGUGCAGACUUUAGGCAGGCUUCAGCUUUCAAACAAACUGUGAUUUGAACAGUGAGGGAAAACCUGAGCAGGAAAACCUCAUGCUGUUGAGGUGAGGGAGCUGUGCAGGUGAGAAAUUUUGGCUUCCUUGGGAGAACUGGAGCAGUCCCACAGAGCCACAUCAGUUCAGAGUUACCUGCUGGACCUCAAGCAUCAAACCUGUACACUCUCAGAAGAGUUUAUUAAUGGAGGAAUGCAGAGGGCUCCAUUCUGCUGUCUCACUGAGAGGGAUGGCAGUGUGCUCUGCUGUCAGCAUCAAAGUCACCAAAGUCACUGCAUUUCCAUCUCACCUGGUGCCACCUGAGGCCCCCAGUGUCCCCAUGCAGGGUGGUGAUGGUCAAGGCUUUGGGCAGGCACACCCCUGAGCACUUUUAUCUAUAAAAAAGAACUGCCAAGCCCAUGCAUGGAUGGAGUGGCUCUUUCUAAGGAAAGUGAAUUUGGGCAUGGCUGAUGGGUGACUUUGUGACCUGCCUGAGUGGGAGUGAUCAGAGCAGGCACAGAAAGUGAUAGCAAACACUUGGUGCAAUGCUGACAUCUGCCACAGCUGCUUGAAACCUGCUGAGGUUUUGUCUCUGAAGGCUUCUUGCCCCCUCUGUGGUGCUUCCUCCUCCUUUGGUUCAAAAUCAGAGCCAGGACUAGAAGGGGAGCAGGGAGGAAAUCAGUUCACUUUGCUGACAGUCACUAAAGUUGCACUUCUUUGGUUUUAAUUGAGGCAGCUAAGAACUGGCUGCCAUGUUCUUGGCUUUUAUGAAGUAGCUUU